AUGGCUGAGUCAUCAUCUUCAUCGGAAUCUGAGUCGGAUGUAGAGCCCACCGAUCCCAGCAUGUGGAUCAUACCUGGGCCGUACAGGUGGGAGGUCCUUCGAAAGAGGACGCAAAAAGCUCAUAUUUCACAGCGAGUGUGGAAUAUAGAGCAUGUACGAAAAAUUAAGACCAGGCGUGGGAAGCCACAAGGAGGGCCACCUACCGGUGCUAUUCCACAGGUUGUCGAAGAGUACCUAAGACAGGCGGGAUUCAUACAUGUUGCCAGGAUGCAACAUAUCCAGGGCUUGCCGACUGACGGCAUUGUCGUCACCGGAUCGACCUCCGAGGAUUGGCACCCUGCUUGUGCUGCUGUUUUUGGACAUGUUCCAGAGGCCAGUGAGUUCCAUCAUUCCGGCGACCUCCGCAUCUCAUUCUUGGAUCGGCAUUAUACCCGAUGGACUGAUCAUGAGGGGAAUCACGCUGCCGAGAUCUACUUCACAAAAGCCCACAUUGCCCGGAUGUUGGGGACUUGGUUGCUGACGGACAAGUCUGGAGGUAGCAAUUUUGGUUGCCGGCUUGUCCCAUUGCUAGGUGGAGGAUUUGAGGACAUUGGCCGAUUCAGCUGGGGAUCUGCGGUUUUGACACACUUGUUCAGGAAUUUGUGUGAAUUGACAGAUGCCCGUCGAACUGACAUGGAUGAUUUCAUCUGUGCGGCGAUGGAUGACUUCCACACUCCACCACCACAGGCACAGGCACAAGUGCUUCAGGGAGACCCAGUCUGGGACAGACGGAUACUGCCAGAUAGGGAUGCACGACAUAGGCCAUGGCCACCGUGGUCGUAG